CUCAGCAGCGAUAGGUAGCCUGUUCUAUUGAUACGGCUUCGAUUAGUCUUACUGCAUGACCUGACACACGUUUUAUCCAACGAUUCUUGCAGCGUAGAGGCCCAGCUUUUCUUUCCUUCGUUCGACUGGCCAGCGAUUAUGGCAUCCCUCUUGCCCGGGCUCCUCGUCUUAUUACUGGCCUCCGCCAUUCUCCCCUCCAACGCCGUUCCCCUGCUCCCCUCACAAGAGACCGCGCUACUCUCCCUGAAAACCGCGUGGGGAAACAACUGCGUAGUAACCAAGACAUGGAUACCCGACACCGACUGCUCCAAAUGGGCCGGCGUUCUCUGCGACGAUCGGGGGAUGGUUAUCCAGGUUUCCAUCAGCGACCUUUCAUGCACCGGCGCAUUGACGGAAUCCGUCGGAAACCUGACGGAGCUGAUGCUGCUUGACGUGUCCAACAACUGGCGCAUCGGCGGCAGCUUGCCCAAGAGCCUCUCGAAACUACAGAAGCUCGAGUCGCUCGGCAUUCGCGAUAACAUCCAUGGAAGAUUCUCCGGCGGCCUCCCGGACUCCAUCGGGAAUCUUGCGCGCUUAACCUACCUCGCGUUCCGCGGAACGGGGCUCACGGGGAGCAUUCCGCGCGGGCUUGCCCGCUUGAGUCGCCUCGAGUACCUCGAUCUGGAAUGGAACCUGUUCACAGGCGAAAUCCAUCGGGAAUUGUCCGGCAUGGCGGCACUCAACACGUUUGACUUGGGCGGGAAUCGGUUGACAGGGUCAAUUCCCCCGACCCUCGCGAAAAUCAAGGGCCUGAAGCGAUUGCUCGUCGGGAACAAUAAGCUCUCCGGUGCGCUCCCCGUGAACGAGGUACUCGCUAUAAAGAGCCUCGAGGAAGUGGAUCUGCAACACAAUCGGUUCACUGCGUCGUCUAUCGCCGCCCUUGCGAUCCAUCCGACUCUGACAGACAUCAAUCUCAGCUGGAAUGUUAUUACGGGCAGGGUGCCCUCCCAGUUCGGGCAGAUGAAAAAGCUGGCGGCUCUGCGAUUGGCGGGAAACAGGCUGAGAGGAAAAGUUCCAGAGGCUCUGCUACGAAACAUGCCGAGCCUCCACGAAUUAGACCUUUCAUUCAACGGGCUAAGCGGAGAGUUUCCCUGGGGGUAUUUGAACACCGCCCCGGUGAUCGAGCACCUGAAACUGCAGCGCAACGCGUUUACCGGCGCGAUUCCCCCAGACGCGUUUCAAAAGGUCCACGUGGCAGUAUUCAAUAUCUCCUUCAACCUCUUCUCCGGGCCCAUGCCGAAUCUAGGGUUCAUGGGAGGAGAGGAGGAGCCGCCAGUCGACGUGCGCGGAAAUUAUUUUUGGGGCAGCCCGGAGUUCAUCAUGUCCGAUCGGAAGGUCUGCCCGGAGGAGGGGCAGGCGGACCCCGACUCAGGCGAUGACGAGUAUCUCGCAGCGCUGAACUGCCUCGGUAAGAGCAGCACCUGUAACAUGAAGCAGCAGCGGAGUGUAGCGGCCUGCACUAAGUUUUGUGGGACGAGUACGACAAAAGGGCCGUGCUCGGGACACGGCGUGUGCGUUCCGGCGGGUGGGAGCAAGUUCAAGUGCAGGUGUGCGAGUGGGUACAAAUCGGUGGUGGGGAAGCCGCACGAGUGUGUCAAGGCAUGACGCUUCCAGGGCAAAAAUAAUAAAAUUACGUCUUUAGGCGGAUGCAGCGCCAUUUUGAAAAGCCGCAUGGAGAACCAAGAGUAGUCUUGAGGCUGUAUAAGAGUAUGCGUGUGGGUGUGCAUGCAGAAGUUAUACAAUCAGGGUAGCGAAGCAUUUCUUUGUGAAGUUAGAAGUGGUGCGUGGAACAUACGGUUAGUAGGUGUAAAUAUGCUACUGCAUGUACGGUGCAUGGCAGUAGAGACGUCACAAACUUUGUGGCCCCAGAAUCAUGCCCCCCAACGUAGGAUACUUUGUGGAAUGCCAUGGGUGCACUGUGCGAAGUGUUUCGCAACAUGCAGCGAGUUAUGUGACCAGGGCGGGGAUCUGGGGACCGACUUUGUCCAGAGUUCCACAAAAGCGCACAGCAGUGUCGUAACAGCGUAGAGGCGGGGUGGGCUUUUAGAGUGAUAUGUUACAUGAUUUAGGGUAGAGCUAUAUGGUU